GACAGAAAACCAUAAACGAAACUUUAUAAACCCAAACAUUACUAAUUACUAUAUUUUUUCGUUCAUUAAUUAAUAACAGUAAAUAAAUAUUUUAAAAGAAAACUUAACAUAUAUUAAAUUGAGGCCAUAGCUUUACUUAAAGUUUAAGUAUAAUUUUUGAUACCAUAUGCAUUUAAGGGCUAAGAAAUAAGACGUGAAUACUGAAUCGUGACUGAUUGCUGAUAACUGAUAAGUUGUUUAGGUUUUACUGAUUUGGGACUUGGGGUAAAAUCAUUAUUUAUUUUACUUUGCAUUUUGUAAAUAAAAAUAGAAUAAAUGUCGGACGACGAGGUAAUGCGAUUUGAGAUAACAGAUUAUGAUUUGGAUAAUGAAUUCAAUCCAAACAGAAAUCGUAAAGCAAAGAAAGAGCAACAAAUUUAUGGUGUUUGGGCAAAAGAUAGUGAUGAGGAUGACAAUGAAGAUAACAUUAGAAAGAGAACACGAAAGCAAAAAGACUACAGUGCACCAAUUGGAUUUAUUGCUGGUGGGGUACAGCAAGCUGGGAAGAAAAAGGAGAAAAAAGAAUUAGAAUCAACAGAAGCAUCCACAUCUCGACCAAAAUUUGCAAACAGUUCAGAUGAAGAUGAUAUAAAUGAGCCCCAUGAGUCGGAGACUGCUGGUAUCAGGCGAGUGGGGCAGGGAAUGAGGCCACCCAACCUGGGUGGGAAUGUUGGCAACUGGGAGAGACAUACCAAGGGUAUUGGAGCCAAGUUGCUGCUGCAGAUGGGUUAUCAACCAGGAAAGGGUUUGGGGAAAGAUCUUCAAGGUAUCUCGGCGCCAGUUGAAGCCACUGUUAGAAAAGGGAGAGGUGCUAUAGGCGCUUAUGGUCCAGAAAAGUCUGCACAAAAAGCCAAAAAGGAGGAAGAGCGCCGCUUGAAAGAGAAGGCAGAACAAGAAAAAGGGGCGGAGCCUAAGACAUACAACUGGAAGAAGUCUCACAAGGGGCGAUACUUUUACAAGGAUGCUGCCGAUGUUAUACAAGAGGGUAAACCCACGAUGCAUACUAUUAGCAGCAAUGAACUGUCUCGCGUCCCGGUGAUAGACAUGACUGGUCGCGAGAAGCGUGUGCUGAGCGGAUACCACGCGCUCCGAGCUGCUGCUCCGAGGUAUGAGCACGAGCCCAGACGGGAGUGCACCAACUUUGCCAUUCCGGCGCUCACGCACAACCUCCAGUUAAUCCUGGACUGUUGUGAACAAGACAUUAUCCAAAACGCCCGGGAGCUGCAGCAAGCGGAAGACGAGAUCGUAGUCCUGGAGCGAGAUCUCGAGGAGCACAACGUGAAACUGCGCGAUGAAGACCUCGUCAUCGACAAGAUGCAGAACAUUCUCAUGAAGGUGGACACACUUAACCAGCCAGAUAUCUCACUGGAGACAGCCUAUGAAGUGCUGGAAGAUCUGAAGGGGUCCUUCCCGUUGGAAUAUGAGAUGUUCGGUUUGGGCACGAUCGGUACCAACAUAGCCAGCCCGCUGUUCAGCGCACUCCUGGCCAAGUGGGAGCCGUUAGAGUUUCCGCACCAACCAGUCGACGUGUUUGUCAAGUGGAGGCCGCUGUUGACAGAGGAGGCGUAUAAUAAUCUGUUGUGGCAACAUUUCUUGCCCAAUAUCACCACGGCGGCCGAGGCAUGGAACCCUCGAAAGCCCGAUCCGAUGGUACGUGUGUUCCAAGUAUGGAUGGAGGCUGCCCCCGGCUGGGUGCUGGGCACGUGUGCCGCCCGCUGUGUGGCGCCACGGCUUUUGGCCGCUGUUCGCGCCUGGGACCCUACCAGGGACACACAGCCACUUCACGAGUGGGUGCUGCCCUGGCAUGCGCUGUUAGGUGAAUCUCUGAACGCGAGUGUUUACCCUCUGAUCCGGUCUCGCCUCACCGCGGCGCUGUCCGCGUGGCACCCGGCGGACUCGUCCGCGAAGCCCCUGCUGGCCGUGUGGCGGGAGGCCUGGGGCUCCGCCCUCACCGCGCUCCUUCAUCAUCACAUCGUGCCAAAGUUAGAGCACUGCUUGCAACAUGCGCCGCUUGAACUCGUCGGGAGAGAGAAUACGGCGUGGCUGUGGUGCGUGGAAUGGCUGGAGCUGGUAGGUGCGCCCACCCUAGCGGCACUCGCAGGUCGCGCGCUGUUGCCGCGCUGGCUCAGUGCUCUGGCGGCCUGGCUCAACACGUCACCGCCUCACGCCACGGCGCUCGCAUCCUAUACCAACUUCAAGAAAAUGUUUCCUGAAGAGAUUCUUCGAGAAGCAGUUGUUCGCGACGCGUUCCGGAAAGCCCUCGACAUGUUGAACCGCAGCUCAGACAUCGACACAGUUCAGCCGCCUCCCGCGCCGAAGUUCACACAGAUCCUCACAGAGAAGGAACCUUCUAGAAUCGCAGACAUUCUGUCCGCGAGCACGCAGAAGAGCUUCUCUGAACUUCUAGAAAGUAGAUGCCUAGAGAAGGGUAUUACGUUCGUGCCGAUCGUGGGCAAGAUGAAGGAAGGACGGCCCGUGUAUAGGAUCGGAGAAGCAGAUGUGCAGUGCUAUGUUGUAAGAAACAUUGUGAUGUCCUCUACUGAUAACGGAAGGAAUUUUUCGCCAAUCAGUAUGGAGAAGUUGUUGAAAAUGGUUGAGGAAUAAAAUAAAUUUAUGAAA